CAGGGCGAGGCACAUGUUUGUGUAACUUCUGCAGACAGGAGCUGCAGCCCAGCUGGAACUGUACCUGUGUGACUUGGUGAAAGUAGGUAGCACAGCUGAGAUGGGGUUGGCAGUGCUGCAGACAGAGCAGAGGCUGGAAAGGUGAUAGGAGAUGUCCUGCAGUGCUUCAGAAGUGUUUGCAUGGAUAACCUUCCUGAAGAGCUGUUCUGACGAGCUGGCAAGGUGUGACUGGGAUGUGUUUGGCUGGUCUUGCUUAGUGUGUUAUGCAAUGUUCUCAAGGUCAUCAGCAUCGAGCGGAGUUCAGGGCUGCUUUCUAUUUACAGUCGUGGCAGCAGAACAAGUCUCAUUACUGCUGCCUGCAUGCUGUCUUUGGGAGAUUCUGGUUCUUAUCUGAGAUCACUCCAUAUUCUUUAUUACACAGCAGUGAGAGUGUAACAAUUUCAAAUACUUGACCUGUGAGCUUUCACGUCAGAAUGGAUCUGGAAACUCUGCUGACCUCCAGCUGCUGAACGCUGAGCAAUUUCUGGGCCUUGCUGGAGUUCGGAGUUGUGAAGAAGGCCAGAUGGAGAUACUUCAAGUUGGCUGCAGUGUUUGAAGGUGGUGAUGAGGUUUCCCUGGUGUGUGGGAGUUACCUGAAAUGCUGUGCAACGCUGCCCACUCUGAAGCAGACCCCUCAUGGUGCAGUGGCUGAGCUGUGCCACCUUGCUGAGAGCUGACAUCUCUGGGAACAGACCGGGGCCCCUCUUUAGCUGAGAGGCCUCGAGUGACCCCACGCCACUGGGCAGACCCCAGCAUGGUGGUGCCUGCAGCCUCCCGCCCCCUGGAUGCGGUCUGAAGCAGCGACGCGACACGGACAAAGCCAUGCUGCAGGAUGAGGCCGGCUGGUGCUGACAGCUCUUGGUGGAGCUGUUUCACACCGUUCUGCGCGCUGUGCGGGCGGUACUUCUGUGCGAGGUGAAAAACAAGGGGCUGCCUCCUGUCUCCGCUGCCGGCAGGGCAUGGCGCUCACCCUCUCCUAUGUGCUGCUCGCCUUCCUCACCCUGCUGCUCCUGUCCUGGGGUUCAGGGAUUCUCAAGAGUCAAGUGGUUCUUGUGACAGUAGGAGAGCCCGUGUCGAUGGAGUGUCCUUUCCACAAGUACAACAGCACUAGCAAUCCCUUCUAUGAGAUCCUCUGGAGCCAUAGGAAUGACUUGAGAAGGGUCCUGCAAUUUAGGAUGACACGGUCCAAUCAGUCCUGUGUGUAUGACAGCAAAGGCCGCUUCAGCGGCGUUCUGGAUUUUGGAAGCAGUGUGAGCUUUCUCAACAUCUCAACCGUGCUUAUGAAUGACACUGGCCCUUACUUUUGCUAUGUGAAGAUAGGGAACAGCGAUCCGACUACAAAGAUGAUUUUCCUGCUCGUGAGAGGUCAGCAGCCCUGGGCGGCCCCUGGGGGCCUCAGCUACUCUGCAAUUCAGGGCAGUAAAGUCACCUUGGACUGUGAUUUCCCCACUAACCUGACUGGCAACUUCACAGACCUCUUUUGGCUGCACAAACGAGACCAGAGCCCAUCCCGACUCAUAGCAUGGCACCUCAGGUCCAGUUUCCAGGUUGAGAACGGCAGCAUUGGAAGUCGUUUCCAGAGCUCAUUAGAUCUGGAAAAUCACCGGAGCCGUCUCACCAUUACUGGGUUGGAAGAGAAGGACAGUGGCUGGUACCAGUGUCAGAGAGGCCUGGGAGAGCCGUCUGGCGGGCAGAGAGGGAGGGGAACCAACCUCACUGUGAAAGGCUCUUCAUCUGUCCUGCUGGUGUGUUUGAGGAGCGCUGCGCUUGCUGCGAUUGCUCCGUGCUUGUAUGUUCUGUACAGGCGUUAUGUCCAGCUGAGGAGACAGAACACCUUGGCAGAUGGACUGCAUCCCCACUGUGGGCCUUCAGAGGCCAUGGGCAGGGAGACCAUGAGCAGGGAAGCCAUCUACGUCAGCACUGGCAGCACGGAGUACAGCGUGAGUGUGGCCCCAGGCAUCACAGAGCUCUGCAGGCAGCCAAAGCCCAGGGAUUGCUGAUUCCCCGCUGCAGUGGUACAGGAGCUGGUGGCCAGGAGCCCUGAGGAGGAAGCUGUGGCCAUGCUCCUGCCUUGCGUGUGGGACAGCAGCAGAUGUGAGGUUCCUCUGCUGCCAUGGGGUAACCAAGGCCGUUUUGUUUGUUCACAGCUCCUCACUUUCCCAGGAAGGAACCCUGCAGCAGGGGACGUGGGACAAAGAUGACAGCCCAGAAGGGCCCAGCAGGACACAGGGAUCUGUGCUGCACAUGCUGUGUUCAUGGCACCAUGGAUAAAUUCUUCUCCAUUGUGUAUCAUGCAAAGGUCUCUAGCAGACUCCUCUCUCCUUCAGCAGUUGUUUCUCCUGUUCAAUUAAAUCCUCUUGAGAGCAAACCCUGUGAAUGUUUGUUCAGUUUCUGCUGUA